AUGAGCGUCUUUCGGCCCCUAGCAGGCAGACGGAUCGUCGACCUUACAAGAGUUCUUGCCGGGCCAUUCUGUACUCAACUUCUUGGUGAUUGGGGAGCUGAUGUGAUCAAAGUCGAGCAACCAGAUCAGGAACUGGCGAUGAUACAAGACAUUGGGGUCCACCAUUCGAUCAAGAGGAAAAGCCUUGCUGUUGAUUUUCGCCGGAAAGAAGGACUGAGAAUAAUCGAGAAACUCGUUGCCGACUCUGACGUUUUCGUAGAAAACUAUAUUCCUGGCAAGCUUGCGGAGUACGGUCUCGGCUAUGAGGACCUGAAAAGCAUCAAUCCGAAGAUAGUUUACGCAAGUCUAUCUGGAUUCGGACAGCAAUCCACGAGGGCUGGUUAUGAUGUGAUUGUUGCAUCAGUUGGCGGUCUUAUGUCAAUCACUGGCGAUGCUGAUGGACCUCCUGCUCGAGUCGGAGUAGCCGUAACUGAUUUAUUCACUGGCUCUUUGAUGUCCAACGCCAUCCUCGCAGCCCUUCAUCACGUCGAGAGCAAUAAUGAGGCCGUUUGGGUGCAGUCUUCUCUUUUGCAAUCACAAGCAGCGAUGCUCAGUCAUAUUGGUGCCAACUUCCUCACAGCUGGAAUUGAUGGCAAACGAUAUGGAACUGCUCACCCUAGUUUAGUUCCUUAUCAAUCCUUUCCCACAAAAGAUGGUAAAUACAUAACUGUGGGAGCAGGGAAUAAUCGCCACUUCGAAGAGAUUUGUGACGUUAUGGCGAUUCCAGAACUUUCAGUUGAUACGCGCUUUAAUUCUACGGGAAACCGUGUUAUCAAUCGACAGCCACUGAUUAAACUUCUGUCGGAUCGCUUCUCUAAAAAGACACGCGAAGAAUGGGAAACAUUGUUCGAAAAAAUAAUGUCAAAUUUCCUCGAAAUGGGAAACAUUCUUCAGUCACCAACAGAAUCAUUCAAAAUCUUAGCGAACGAAUACACUGCCUUCGAACAAAUGUGGCUCCGCACAUUUUAUGCUGUCGCCUUGAGCUCAAUAGGAAUGCAUAUAUUUGCCGUUAUCACCUGUCUCUUUACUCUAAUGAAGCACAGUAAAGGGAGAUGGUACUCCAUUCUUCUGAUAAUAAACGCGGUUCUCUUUCCUCUUAUUGUUGGCUUAAUAAGUUCAGCCAUAAUCGCGGGAGUUUAUUUCGUCCUUGACUGGUCUAUGGAGUCAUUUGUAGUCAUCAUCUGGGGAAUGGGACAGACUAUUCUCCUUUUCAUCAUGUCCAUGUGCAGACUGUUAUGCACACUGUGA